CCGGCCCGGCCCCCCGUGGGCACGGCGACACCGGCGGCAGGCGGCUGGCAGCAGAGCCGAGCCGAGCCGAGCCGAGCCGGGAUGCGGGCUCCGGCCGCCGCCCCGCUCUGAGCGCCCCCUCUGCUCCCCCCCCGGGGCUCGUCGGGGCGCCCAUGGCCGGCUCGGAGCAGCCCCCGGCGGCGGCCGGGGCCGACGGGGCGCUCGGGGACCGCUCCCUGAGCCAGGGCUUGAGCGUGCUGGUGGGGCUGGCGCUGUGCGUGACCAUGCUGGGGCUGGGCUGCGCCGUGGAGCUGGGGCAGCUGGGCCAGCAGCUGCGGCGGCCCGUGGGGGUGCUGCUGGCGCUGCUGGGGCAGUUCGUGGCCAUGCCGCUGCUGGCCUUCCUCCUCGCCCUCCUCUUCGCCCUGGACGAGGUGGCGGCAGUGGCCGUGCUGCUGUGCGGCUGCUGCCCCGGGGGAAACCUCUCCAACCUCAUGUCGGUGCUCGUCGACGGGGACAUGAACCUCAGUAUUAUCAUGACCGCCUCGUCCACGCUGCUGGCCCUGUUCCUGAUGCCCCUGUGCCUCUGGGUGUACAGCCGCCACUGGAUCAACACGGCGCUGGUGCAGCUGCUGCCCCUGGGGGCGGUGAGCCUGACGCUGGGCAGCACCCUGCUGCCCAUCGGCCUGGGGGUGCUCGUCCGCUACCGGCACCCCCGCGCCGCCGACCUGCUGGUUAAGAUCUCCCUGUGGUCCCUCUUGGUGACUCUGGUGAUCCUGUUCAUCCUGACGGGGACCAUGCUGGGACCAGACCUGAUGGCACACAUUCCUGCAUCCGUCUACGCCAUCGCAGUGCUGAUGCCUCUGGCAGGGUACGCCUUGGGAUACGGCUUAGCCACCGUCUUUAAAAUGCCACCACACUGCAGGAGAACGGUCUCGUUGGAAACAGGGUGCCAAAACGUCCAGCUCUGCACCGCCAUCCUAAAACUCACCUUCCCCCCGCAGCUCAUAGGGAGCAUGUACAUGUUUCCCUUGCUGUACGCGCUGUUUCAGUCAGCAGAAGCAGGACUCUUUGUGCUGGCGUACAAGAUGUACGGGAGAGACAGCUACAAACAAGAGGCGCUCGGUGAAGAGGAAGACACGGAUAUUUCCUACAAGAAGCUGAAAGAAGAGGAGGUGGCCGACACCUCGUACGGCACGGUGACCGCGGAGGAGCACGGCUCGGUUCCGAUGGAGCCGACGCAGACCGCACUUUAGGUACGACACCGCGGUGACGCCCGGGCCCGGGCCCACCGCUGUUCCAGCUGCUCCCAUCGUAUGAGGUGAUGUGUGUGUGUGUUGCCAUUGUGUUUCCUCAAACAUGUGUA